AUGCCCAAAUCGCGUAGCGAAGCUGAGGCCGAAGUGCGCUCGUGGGGCUACAACCACGUCUUCACAUGGACCGACUCACCCAACGCACACUACCCACCGCACAAACACAGCGGAAAGACAACGCACCUCCUCCUCUCCGGCACGCUGACAAUGCAAUACCCACACGACCCCGCCGCGAAAAAGGAGACGCUGCGCCCAGGACAGCGCUGGGACGUCGACGCCGGAAAGGUGCAUCAAGUCUGGAUCGGGCCCGAAGGCUGCACCUAUGUGAUCGGCGAAUGA